AGAUGUCGCUCCUGUACGGGUCAUUUUGCAUGGUGGAGAGAGUGCAAAGUCAACGCAAGGACGGGCUGUAGAAAGAACGGGGAGAUAAAAGGCUUUAUCAUCUAUAAUAGCUAAUUGAGAAGAGUCCAGAGAAAGAUAGCAAUGUCGUUUUUCACGCAAAGUGCCUUCAGGACGACGUUGGCGUGCUCCAGCUCGCUGCGGCAGCCGUCUGUGCGGGCGGUGCGACUGGUGCCCCCCUCCCUCACCCGCACUAACAGCUCAUGGUGGGGACAGGUAGAGAUGGGCCCUCCUGAUGCCAUCCUGGGGGUCACCGAGGCCUUCAAGAAGGACAGUAACCCCAACAAGAUGAACCUGGGAGUGGGGGCCUACAGGGACGACAGCGGGAAACCUUUUGUUCUGCAGUGUGUCCGAAAGGCAGAACAGAUGAUUGCUGACUCUGGCCUGGAUAAGGAGUACUCCCCUAUAGCCGGUAAUGCUGAGUUCUGUAAGGCCUCGGCUAAGCUGGCAUUUGGAGAUGACAGUCCUGUCAUCAAGGAGGGACUGAUCAGUACUGUCCAGGCCCUGUCUGGGACGGGUGCCCUCAGAGUCGGUGCUGCUUUCCUGGACAAGUUCCAUGGUAGUAAGGAGGUCUACUUGCCUAAACCAUCAUGGGGGAACCACACGCCAAUUUUCAAACAUUCUGGCAUGAAUGUGAAGUCUUACCGGUACUAUGAUCCACAGACAUAUGGGCUGGAUGAAGCUGGUUGUUUUGAAGACAUCAGUAACAUCCCGGAGGGGUCAGUCAUCCUGCUGCAUGCCUGUGCACACAACCCUACCGGGGUGGACCCUAAGCCAGAGCAGUGGAAGGAGAUGUCCAAAAUCAUCAAGGAGAGGAAACUGCUGCCGUUUAUCGACAUGGCGUACCAAGGGUUCGCCAGCGGAGAUGUGGACAGGGACGGCUUCGCUGUCAGGCAUUUUGUAGAGGAAGGUCACAACCUGAUUCUGGCCCAGUCUUACUCCAAAAACAUGGGCUUGUAUGGUGAACGUGUGGGAGCCCUGACGUUUGUGUGCAGCUCCCCAGACGAGGCCAAGCGUGUGGAGUCGCAGGUGAAGAUUGUGAUCCGCCCCAUGUACUCCAACCCUCCCAUCAACGGAGCCAGGAUAGCAGCCACCAUCCUCAACAACCCACAGUUACAUGGGCAAUGGCUUGUGGAAGUGAAGGACAUGGCAGACCGCAUCAUCACCAUGCGAGAACAGCUGGUGGCAAACCUGACGAAGGAGGGCUCCACCCACAACUGGCAACACAUCACUGACCAGAUCGGCAUGUUCUGUUUCACUGGACUCAAGGAACAACAAGUGGAAAGGCUGACAAAAGACUUCUCUGUCUUCCUGACUAAAGAUGGCCGAAUCUCUAUUGCCGGUGUGUCGUCCAAGAAUGUAGCGUAUCUUGGGCAUGCUAUCCACGAGGUAACCAAGUAAAGCAGCCGCCAUUCUCACACAGGAAUAUCUGCAACAGGAUGCAAUGAAACUACACGUCAGAUUGGCAAAAGUAAAUGUUUAGGGUUUUUUUUUAAAGAAAAUUUGAAUUCUAAACAACUACUGAAGUCAUUUGGCUGAAGAUUACACUUUGAAUGUGAUGCGAAAAAACAAUAUAUUGUUAUACAGUAAAUGGAAAGAUAUGGCCACAUCUUUUUCUGGAGAAUAUUUACAGUUUUUGCACCAAAACCCUGCAAUAGGUGCCUAAUUGCACAAAGUGUCAUCUCAUUGAGUAGCUAUUUUCAUAUAUUUUUAUGGCUUGAGUAUUGAUGAGUCACAAAAGAUUAUGGACAGACCCAGCUAUAAUGUCAAGAGAAAAUGUAAAGACAUCAAAUGUAUCUAUGAAUGGUUAAAACUAUCUAUUAGAGAGCUUGGUUGCCAGCUAUGGAAUGAAUCUAUUUGGUAACUUUACAAGCAUUUUACAAUUGUGUGUAAUGUGUUUGGUAAUGUUACAUGUACCUCUUUGGAAUAAAUGUGACUUAAAAAUGUUACCAGGUGCCAUACCGUAAAUUAAAUAUGAUCUGCAAACUUAAGGCGUUGGUGAAUCAGACAUCACUUAACAUGACAGUAUGAAAAGGGGGACAGGUGUAUUGUGUUUUAGGCUACUUAAACGCUUUAAGGUUUACUAAUUUAAAAAAAAGACUCCUUGAAGUCAUGUGAAAGCAUUGUUUACUCGUUAUUACGGGUCAUCUGGCAUGUUUUAUCUGUACUUAGCAGUGCAGGAAGCAUACAUGUACAUUAUACAUGUAACAUUACAUGUAGGUAAUGCACAUGUACUGUCAAAGGUAAUGCUAUUGUUCAGAAAUCUACACCUUUUCUUCUUCUAUGUCAUUUCAUUGUACCAAUAUUUGAUACAUGAAACGUAUGAUUGACCUUCAUAUCAUUUUCUUUACCAGACUUUUAAAACACACUUAUUCAACAAGUAACUUACCUCGGCUUUGGAGUUGAUUGCAGGACUGUUGAACGGAGAUUUGAACAUACGACAUGUACUGUGGCAAAAUGGAUGUUUCUGGCUUGCUUGUUGGGUGACGCAUAUGCUUUAUUAAAAUAUAUUUUGACUGGCCCUUUCUUCCCUCAUGACCUCAAUGAAGUGGCCUGCAGGCCCAUUUGAGCUUCUCAUGAAUAAAGAAUGGGGUUCAAAAAACCCUGGCCUUGGCUGGUAGAAUGUCAACAAAUGUUUGUUACUUUCUACCCUUAGUACAUGUAGAUCUACAAUACACAGUCAUGUACAUUUGUAUACCUUUAUAUGGGGAAACUACUGCUUACUAUAUAGAGUGAGGAGGUACAUGUACAUUGUAAUGUCAGCUCAUACAUGUAUGUACAUGUUUCACUCAUGUUCAUAUCAAAUUAAAGUGUCAGCUGCUGAUGCCAUGUUUACUGUAGCUCAAGUGUACACAUCAUGUUUAAAUCUUAUCUGUAAGUUUCUAUGUAUUUUUCUUGUACUUUAUUUGUGAACUCUACACCACUUACUUAAGUCUAUAUACUACAGCUGGUAAAAAGAUCUCUUACUAAGGCCACACCAAUUUAAUUUCUUGGUUAACGGAGUCGCCG